AUGAAAAUAAUAAAUCCCGUCACUAUAUCACACUCGGGAUAUUUAAAUUUGCAAAACUACAGAUGCAGUGAUCAUACAAAACAUAUUCACUGUGAUGUUCCUUGCAUAAAUAUAAUUUUACGUUCAGAUUGUAAAAUGCAUUCCAGUCUGUAUAAUUAUCUACAAAAGGAAAAUGCGCAACAAGAGAUACAAAACGAGAAUGCACCAUUUUUUCAAAUCAACGAAAAUUCAAUGAAAGUUGAUUUUAAACCAUUAAAUACAUCUCAGUUUAAUUCGUUUAAUGAAAAAUAUAAUCAUACUGCUUUUAAUACAGAAAAUUGUUUUAAUGUGUCGCAAUUAGUAGGAAUGCAAUAUGAAAAAAAAUAUAAUCAAGGACAACCAGAAAUAUUGAAUAAGGAUAAAAUAAAAACUUUAAAUGCAGAUAAUGAUAUUGAAGCUAGAUUAAAAGUAAAUGAAUUUGUUAAAUAUCAUGCAGAAUUUUGUAAGGAAUUGUCCACAAAAAGUUUUCCUAUUAUAAAAUUGGAAACUACAAAACAAAUAAAUGAAAAUAUUGAAGUUCCUAAAAAAAAAGAUUCGUCAUUGAAUUUCGAGAAAACGACUACGAAAAAUGAAUCUGUAAAGUUCCUAAAUGAUUUAAAAUUAACUACGGAAAAUAUAGAAUCAAAACCUACAAAUAAGUUAUCUAAUUUCCAAUUUACAAGAUUGGAAAAUCUAUUAAAACCUGUAACUUAUACAUCGUCUAAAAAACUUUUAUAUACGAAUUAUUUUAGAGACCCUUAUGUUACUAGAAAUUUACAAGAAAAUAAUCAAAUUCAAAAUACUAUUUGUGCUGAUAAAGAAGAAAAUAUUUACAAAACAAACUGUAACAAAUACGAAACAGCCAUAAAUUAUAAAAAGGAUAAAUUUUAUGAAAGUACAUUAGAAAAUAAAAAAUUUACAAAUUUUCCAUUUCAAAAAGAAAAGACCUAUACUAAUGUAAAUUGUAACAAAAUCAAUUAUUCUACGUUAAAUAUAAAACAAAAUGAAAUUGAUAACAAAACUUUGAAUACAAAAUUUAUGAGUCAUACAUUUUUGAAAUCUACAAAAGAUUUUGAUCAUAGUAUAUGUGAAAAUAAAUGUGUAAAUACAAUUGAUAAUACUUUAGAUGUAUUACAAAAUAUGCUAAAAGAUGUUAAAAAAUUCAAAAAUAAAAGUAUGACAAAAUUUAAUGAUCAAAGUUAUCAAUUUAAAGAAAUACAAUCUAAAAAAAAGGAUAAUUAUUGGAAUGAAAAUUUAACUUUUAAUUCGUCAGAAAUGAGAUUGGAAUUUAUGCAAAUGUUACAAGAUAUUAAGAAACAUACGGAAACGUUAGAAGAACAAUUAAUUAAUAUGAACAAAUGUAGAAGAGAAAAAAAAAAAAUAAAUGAAAAAUUAAUUUAUACUUCAAAAAAUUAUAAUCUUCAAGAAAAGAAAAAUAUAAUUACACAAUAUCCUGAAAAAAAAAAUAUUUGUAUACAAGAUUCAUAUUCAUAUUGUGAUUUGAAAUGUCAAUGUUCAUUAUUGAAACCGACAAAUAGUUUUUAUUCACAAUAUGAAAAACAAAAUAUAAUUCUAUUACAUGGAAAAAAAAUUGCAAUAGAUAAAAAUGAUAAAAAAAAAAACAUUAAUUUACUAGAAUGUCGUGAUGAUUGCAUAAAAAAAGUAAAGGACAUCCAAAUUCAAUGUGUAAAAUCACUAUCUUUUCAUAUUCUUGAUUCGAAGUUUAAACUCGCAACUACACUUAUAUCUAAAAAAGAUUAUACAUCAAAAAACAAGAAAAGUCUUAAUUAUGUAUCCAGUUAUAUCCAAACAGAUAAUUCACAAGCAAUGCAAGUUGAAAAAAUUCCAUUAUCCAAUAAAUUAAAAAAUUAUUCAACAAAACAAAAAAAUAAAACAAUUGAUCCAAUAAAAAUAAAUAAGAAAUCAAUAUCUUUAUGUUGUAAUAAAAAUGCUAUUAUAUUAUUAAUUUUAAAAAAGAUAAAUAAUAAAUGUUUAAAGUGCAAAUAUAAAAAAUCGAAGUUCUUGCAUUUUAAACCGAAAUAUAAUAUUAAUUCGCAUAUUAUGUACGAUCAGAAAAUGAUUAAAUAUAGAUUAUCCAGAGUACAGAUACCUAUUGUGUUCAAAUCAACAUACAUAAAAUGUAAAAGUGAGGAAGAUUUUCAUCUUAAUAAAAAUAAUUACGAACUCUGUACAAAAUAUUCAACAAACAAUUGUAAAAUAUCUGAUUUAGUAACUGUAUGCACGCAAUCAUCUAAUUUAUGGAUCACUACUGCCACUUCAAUUUCUUCUACUUUAAUUAACAAUAAUAAUACUAUUAACAAUUUUAAUAAAGAAAAAAUUGAAAAAAAAGAAGGCUGCACAAUAAGUUAAUAAUUGAUGCAAAACAAAAUCAAUAAUAUUUGUAAUUAUU